GGGGGGUCCCGCGCCGACCCCCGCAGCAGCAUCAUCAUCGGCACCGAGGGGGAGAUGCCCAAGGACGUGGAGAUGGACGGGGGAGGAGGAGGAGGAGGAGGAGGAGGAGGUGGAGGAGGAAGCGUCAGCCCCGCGCGGUGCACCCAGAAGGAUGUUGAGGGUGGCCCUUCCCCGGCCGGAGCUCCUUCCCCGGCGGGAGGCCCUUCCCCGGCCGGAGGCCCUUCCCCGGCGGCUCCUUCGCCCAGCCCGGAGGAGAAGGAGCUGGACGAGAGCCGCCGGGAGGUGAUCCAGAUCCUGAAGGACCUGAAGCAGAAGUACCCCGAGAAGGAGCUGGAGCAGCUGGUGGAGAUGGCCAACUACUACGCCCUGCUGCACCAGCAGAAGAGCAGAGCCUUCUACCGCAUCCAGGCCACGCGCCUCAUGACCGGCGCCGGCAACAUCCUCAAGAAGCACGCGGCCGAGGCCUCCAAGCGGUCCUCCGCCCUCCUGGAGGCCGCCUCCGACCUGGAGGAGGAAGAGGAGACCUGCAGCAAGAUCUUCUUCCAGCCCUCCCUCUACCACUGCCUGGAGAACUGCGGCUCGGUGACGCUGUCGGUGGCCUGCUGCCAGGGCCUGGAGGCCAACCACACCUUCUACGUCGACUACCGGACGGAGGACGGCUCGGCCAAGGCCGGCUCCGACUACGAGUACAGCGAGGGGACCUUGGUCUUCAAGCCCGGGGAGACGCAGAAGGAGCUGAGCAUCGGCAUCAUCGACGACGACAUCUUCGAGGAGGACGAGCACUUCUUCGUCCGCCUGCUCAACCUGCGGGUGGGCGACGCCCUGGGCAUGUUCGAGAGCGACGAGGACGGCGCCGGGCGGCCCCGGGCCCGCCUGGUGGCGCCGCUGCUGGCCACCGUCACCAUCCUGGACGACGACCACGCCGGCAUCUUCGCCUUCCAGGAGCGGCUGGUGCGGGUGAGCGAGUGCCAGGGGGUGCUGGAGGUGAAGGUCCUGCGCAGCUCCGGCGCCCGCGGCACCGUCCUGCUGCCCUACCGCACCCUGGAGGGCAGCGCCCGCGGCGGGGGGGUCCACUACGAGGAUGCCUGCGGGGAGCUGGAGUUCAGGAACGACGAGACCAGCAAGACGCUGCAGGUGAAGAUUGUGGACGCGGAGGAGUACGAGAAGAGAGACAACUUCUUCAUCGAGCUGGGGCAGCCGCGCUGGCUCAAGAGGGGCAUCUCGGCUCUGCUGCUGGCCCAAGCGGAGGGGGAGGGGGAGCGGCGGCCGUCGGCGGAGGAGGAGGAGGCUCAGCGCAUCGCCGAGAUGGGCAAACCGGUGCUGGGCGACAACCACCGCCUGGAGGUCAUCAUCGAGGAGUCCUACGACUUCAAGAACACAGUGGACAAGCUGAUCAAGAAGACCAACCUGGCCAUGGUCAUUGGCACUCACUCCUGGAGGGAGCAGUUCCUGGAGGCCAUCACUGUCAGCGCAGGGGAAGAGGAGGAGGAGGAGGAAGGCCGGGAGGAGCGGCUGCCGUCCUGCUUCGACUACGUCAUGCACUUCCUGACGGUCUUCUGGAAGGUUCUCUUCGCCUGUGUGCCCCCCACCGAGUACUGCAACGGCUGGGCCUGCUUCGGGGUCUCCAUCCUGCUCAUCGGGGUCCUCACCGCCCUCAUCGGCGACCUGGCCGCGCACUUCGGCUGCACCGUCGGCCUCAAGGACUCCGUCAACGCCGUCGUCUUCGUCGCCCUCGGCACCUCCAUCCCCGACACCUUCGCCAGCAAGGUGGCCGCGCUGCAGGACCACUGCGCCGACGCCUCCAUCGGGAACGUCACCGGCUCCAACGCCGUCAACGUCUUCCUGGGCCUGGGGGUGGCCUGGUCGGUGGCCGCCAUCUACUGGGCCGCCCAGGGCCAGGACUUCCAGGUGGAGACCGGCACCUUGGCCUUCUCCGUCACCCUCUUCACCAUCUUCGCCUUCGUCUCCAUCAGCGUCCUGCUGUACCGCCGCCGGCCCUCCAUCGGCGGCGAGCUGGGCGGCCCCCGCGGCCCCAAGCUGCUCACCGCCGGCCUCUUCCUCGGCCUCUGGCUGCUCUACAUCCUCUUCGCCAGCCUCGAGGCCUACUGCCACAUCCAGGGCUUCUGAGGGCCGGCGCCGGCGC